AUGGUAAAGAAGAUUAUGUGUAUCCCAUUCAGAAAAAUCCUUAUUUAUUUUCAGAUAUUCCUACCUCUCGUCUGUUUCGUGUUAAACGCACAAGGAGACUAUCUUGAUACUAUUGCUGGACUGAGGCGUUUCUCUCAACCUGAUGUGGACCCUAGAAAUGAGGAGUUUAACAGCAAUUUCAAGGACUGGUUCCAUCACUUCGAUACAUUCCCUACCAGUGUCCAUGGAAGAAGACCGUACUUAAGUUUUAAUCCAUACUAUAAUAGAGACCCUUAUUAUUCAGGUGAUUUAUGGGAUCAAAUGCCACAAAUCAACAAUGUGUUUAACAUUCCAAGUGGUCAUAACACUCACUCGCAUCAAGGACAUAGAGAAAACAAACCGGAACCAAAACCAAAACCUGAUCAUGUCGAUGACGUUUUAAAUGUUGAAGAACCAACAGAGAAACCUGGUGAAAUUCCAACAAUCGACAAACCAAUAGAGCAAGAACCAACAAAUAAAUUAGAAGAAGCAAUUAAGGCGGACAUUAAAAAUCAAUCUGAACUUAUACCUCCAAAAACCAACAAGAUCAAUGAAAAUGACGACAAAAGUGAUAAAGAUGACAAAUCAGUAGAAUUAAAUGAAAAGAAAGAUUAUUUACUAGUUGGGCAAGGUAAUAACGGGAACGAUGUAUAUCUUUUACACGAAAACCUACCACCAGCACCAGCACCAGCAGUGAUACCCAACAAUAACCAACCUGCCAACAAUGUAAUUUACGUUCCAAGCAGUCCUGGACCAUCUCCUAGCAAUCAAGUCUACCAAAUCCUAAAUGGACCAUCACCCAUGUCGAAUCUUCAACUAUCCCCAGAUAAAUUGGGAGUAAACAACGAUGCUCCUGUCUCCAUACCACCAACUUCCAACGUGAAUCCAGCUUCACAACCAAAUAAUGUUGUUACUGUCUACUCCAAUGGCCAGAUUAUACAAAUACCAGGCGUUGUAGUUGUACCAAACAAUGCACCGGUAGAUGUUGGAAAUCAACCACAAACACCAAGUUAUGUAGUUGCUAAUGUCGUUCCCAAUAAUAAUGUCCAGCCUACAAACCAGAAUACUGGCCCAAAUGUCUACUACGCUGCUGUCCCGAACCAAGGGUCAAAUAAUCCGAUAUAUUAUCUUCAAGUGCCCAAUCAAGGAGUCAAUAAUGCUGGAAACGUUGUAUUAAACAACGGUUUACCUGGAAAUGUAGUAGCUUACCAGAUUAGUCCAAAUGUAGUGACACAACCAGCUGUAUCAAAUGGCUACGUGCAGUCAAACAUACCAAGUAAUCAAGGAGUGAUAGCUGUUGCCAUUCCGAACCAAGGUGUAAUGGACAAUGCCAAUAACCAAUACCAGGUUGUUGUAGUGCCACAAGGCUCUCCUUCAAAUGUGUACAAUCAGCAAGUCCAACCUAAUCAAGGACUAAAUCCAGUCAUGAUGCUGAAUGGGCAAAGUGUACCGGCGCCAACAGUUCAAGUACCGGCUGGCAAUAAUGUAAAUGGUUACAACCAGCCAAUACUAGCGAGCGAGAGACAAGAAGUCAGUCCAUUGAACCAAGGAUCAUUGAUAAACAAUCAAAAUGUUGGGAUACAGGGCGCAGUUUUAAUACCAAGUAAUGGCGGGUACUACCAGCCUCCGAUAACAAAUCAAGUACAAAAUGUGCCCAGUCAGGUAAUCGAAACACCAACAAAUGGAGGCAGUUAUAUUCAGCCAGCAGUGUUAUAUGACGGGAAUCAAAAUGUGCCAUCACAACCCAUGGUUUCAGUGAAUGAUGCUCAGGUUCCAAUUCAAGGAGGACAAGCAUCGAAUACUAUUCCUGAUAUUGCACCAGUAAACACAGCUGAUGUAGUCGCGCCACCCGAGGAGAACGCACCAGUAGCAAUAGCAUCAUCUCCCCUCAUCUUAGAUGGAGACAAUUUAGAAGCUUUAGGUGUCCAACCAGCGGUUAUGCUAACAGGUUUCAAAGAUAGUGAAGAUGGGAAGAAAGAUAAAAAAGGUAAAGAAGAGAAAAAAGAUAAAAAAGGUAAAGAUGACAAGAAAGAUAAGAAGGAAGGAAAGGAAAGGAAAGAAAAAAGUAAAAAGAAAAGUAAAAAAGAUAAAGACGAAAAGUCUGGGGAGGUAUUCACAAACUAGGAUCGAGUCGUAGUUUGGUUGAAUGCUUUAAUUAAACGGAA